UCUUGGCCCUUUCCUGAUUGGGAAAGUGGGAUUUGGUCGUGUGGCACGUGGCACUGAAUGCCCAUCAGGGAGGUGUUCGCCUACGGAUACUUCAGAGUGGAAGGACUGCCUUAGAUAGAGGAGAGCUAUGCCAAGGUACACAGUGCAUGUCCGAGGCGAAUGGCUUGCGGUGCCCUGCCAAAAUAGUGCAAACACAGUGCGAUGGCUGGGAAAAGAAGCUGUGAGACGUUACAUGAAAAAUAAACCCGACAAUGGAGGAUUUAAUUCUGUGGAAGAAGUCCAAUUCUAUGUUCGCCGCUGCAAAGGUCUUGGAUUAUUGGAUCAUGACGAUACUUUGGACAUUGCCCUUGAAGACAAUGAGUUUGUGGAAGUUGUAAUAGAAGGAGAUGUGAUGUCUCCGGAUUUUAUUCCAUCGCAGCCAGAAGGUGUUUAUUUAUAUAGUAAAUAUCGAGAACCGGAACAGUACAUUUCUUUAGAUGGGAACAGUUUGACAACAAAGGAUUUGGUCAAUUUAGGGAAGGGACUCUAUAAGAUCAAGCUUACCCCAGAAGCAGAAGAUAAAGUGAAAGCAUCAAGAGGAGUCAUUGAAAGUAUUGUAAAUGAACGGAGAGUUGUAUAUGGAAUCACUACAGGCUUUGGGAAGUUUGCGCGAACUGUCAUUCCAAACAGUAAGCUAGAGGAGCUUCAGGUGAAUUUGGUCCGAUCACAUUCAGCAGGUGUUGGGAAGCCAUUGAAUCCAGAGAGAUCUCGCAUGCUUUUAGCAUUAAGAAUCAAUGUCCUAGCCAAAGGAUACAGUGGGAUUUCCUUAGAAACUCUUCACCAAGUCAUUGAAGCAUUCAAUGCAUCCUGCCUACCCUACAUUCCUGAGCAAGGGACUGUUGGAGCCAGUGGAGAUUUAGCCCCUCUCUCUCAUCUUGCUCUCGGACUUAUUGGAGAAGGGAAGAUGUGGUCCCCAAAGAGUGGAUGGGCGGAUGCAAAAUAUGUACUACAAGCUCAUGGUCUGAAACCAGUUACCCUGAAGCCAAAAGAGGGUCUUGCUCUUAUCAAUGGGACGCAAAUGAUUACUUCUCUAGGAUGCGAAGCAGUGGAAAGGGCCAGCGCAAUUGCAAGGCAAGCUGACAUCGUGGCUGCCCUCACACUCGAGGUCUUGAAGGGCACAACAAAUGCCUUUGAUACAGAUAUUCAUGCACUGCGACCACAUCGUGGGCAGAUUGAAGUUGCUUUUCGAUUCAGAUCGUUGUUAGAUUCUGACCACCAUCCAUCUGAAAUAGCAGAAUCCCAUAGGUUUUGUGACAGAGUACAGGAUGCGUACACAUUGCGUUGCUGCCCUCAGGUUCAUGGUGUGGUGAAUGACACAAUCGGAUUUGUCAAGGAUAUAAUAACUACAGAGCUUAACAGUGCAACAGACAAUCCUAUGGUCUUUGCUGAGAGGAAGGAGACAAUUUCUGGAGGAAAUUUCCAUGGGGAAUACCCUGCCAAGGCUUUAGACUAUCUUGCCAUUGGUGUCCAUGAACUUGCUGCAAUUAGUGAACGGCGAAUAGAACGACUCUGCAACCCAUCGCUCAGUGAGUUGCCUCCCUUUUUAGUCACAGAAGGAGGCCUGAACUCUGGUUUCAUGAUUGCGCACUGCACAGCCGCAUCCCUGGUUUCUGAGAAUAAAGCCUUGUGCCACCCCUCUUCUGUGGAUUCUCUUUCAACCAGUGCUGCGACAGAGGACCAUGUAUCCAUGGGAGGAUGGGCAGCAAGGAAAGCACUCAAAGUCAUUGAGCAUGUGGAACAAGUGUUGGCUGUAGAGCUCCUUGCAGCCUGCCAGGGCAUUGAGUUUCUACGCCCCCUUAGAACGACGACCCCAUUGGAGAAAGUCUAUGACCUUGUGCGUUCUGUUGUCAGGCCUUGGAUGAAAGACCGCUUCAUGGCUCCAGACCUUGAGGCAACGCACAGACUGCUGUUGGAUCAGAAGGUUUGGGAAGUAGCUGAGCCAUACAUUGAAAAGUACAAAAGGGAGCACAUUCCGGAAUCCAGACCCAUUUCCCCGACUGCUUUUUCUUUAGCAGCAGCCAAAAACACAUUACGCCAUCACCACAGCGAUUCAGAUGAAUAUGAUGAACAGUGACAACAGUUGUAAAUGGACUUCAGUACUUUAGUUGUCGAAUAACUUUACUUUAAACAGUUUCUCAUACUUUAAGCUUAAUUCCAAAGGCAUAAAAGAACCAAGUCCAAAAUCAGAAGUCUGCAUAGCCACUGAAAAUGUUCUUGGGUACUUUGAAUUGUUUUUGCAGCGUGUUGACUUUGUACAAAAAGUUCAAAGCAUAUAUUUGCCUCAAACAGGGUGGAUGGGAAUGACAGCCUGUGUAGAUAUAACUUGUUUUGUGACUACAAGAGUGACCACAAAAAUUAGGAAAUCCAGCUUAUAAAAAUAAAGAUAAUCUUGUAAUUUUAAA